CUCUGUGUGUAUAUAUCUAUAUAUCCAUAACUAUCGCUCUGUGUGUGUGUGUGUUUGGUCUAUUUUUUAAUCAUUGUUUUAAAGACUCCAAACGUUUGGAAAUUUAUCUUUCGCAGAUAAUACGUAUUUGGUUAAGGGGGUGAGUUUUGUUGUUUAAAAGCGAGGAAAAAGAGGGGCUGAGUGGUUUGUUCUGGGGGUCCCCAGUGCAAUGCAAGCCCCUCAUGGGUGCUAUUUUGUAAUCUCAGACUCUUGCUAUUGGUCAGUCCAUGAUCAGAUGGUUCUAUUUCCUUGUGUCCCUCGCUGGCACCCAGCCAUCCCCCUUCAGCUAAAACCCAAUCUCCGAUAUACUACUAAUAGCUAAACCACUUGGACUAUAAAACACAACAAAUCAUAAAGCCAGGAAAGGACGGCUGCCUCCUCCCAAUGAGUUCUUAUUUUGUCAACUCUACCUUCCCGGUGAGCCUGGCUGCUGGGCAGGAGCCCUUCCUGGGACAAAUCCCGUUAUAUGCCUCAGGAUAUGCGGAUCCUUUAAGACACUACCCCGCUACCUAUGGAGCCACUAGCGUCCAAGAUAAGGGUUAUCCCUCCUCUUCUUAUUACCAGCAAGCUAACGGAGCUUACAGCCGGACCACAGCCUGUGACUAUGGGUCAGCUGGUUUUUACAGAGAGAAGGACCCUGUCUGUGCCACCUCAAACCUAGAUGACCAGGUUCAGUUUGCCCCAGAUCAGCGGAAGUCAGACUGCGCACAGAACAAAACUGUUUUCGGGGAAAGUGACGACCAGAAGUGCUCCACUCCCGUCUACCCCUGGAUGCAGCGGAUGAACUCUUGCAAUAGUUCAUCUUUCGGGCCAAGUGGCAGGAGAGGCCGUCAAACCUACACCCGCUACCAAACCCUGGAACUGGAGAAGGAGUUCCACUUUAACCGCUACUUGACCAGGCGCCGCCGGAUCGAAAUCGCACACGCACUUUGCCUGACAGAACGUCAGAUCAAAAUCUGGUUCCAGAACCGGAGGAUGAAAUGGAAAAAGGAAAACAAACUGCUCAACUCCACGCAGCUGAGCGCGGAGGAGGAGGAGGAGAAAGCCGCGGAGUGAAAGUAUUAUUUAAGAGAAAGAGAGAAUAUCCCAACAGUUGGAGGAGGUAGAGGGUGCGGAGGGGAAGGGUUGGAGUGGAAGAGAAAAUUCACCCCAAGUGGUGCACGCUUUGUAAAAUAACCGAGACGGUUUGAAGGUGGCGAACCACCACCAUAAAUUUGCACCGUUGGACUCGUGUUCCGUUAAGCUGUCGUGUCAAAAAAAAAAAAUCAGGCUUCUAGUUGAGUUUUUUUUUCCUUUCUAUUCCUCCAAAUAUAAUAUAAAAUAAAAUAAUAAUAAUAAUUUGGAACUCUUACCUGUGUUUCUACCCUUGGUGUCACUGUUAGUAACCUGCUAACUCUUGUAUUUAAUGGAGGUGCUGCAAUAUAUGUCAUUUUUGGUGUUAAUUGUCUUAAUUUUGUAAAAUGGUUCAUGCACGAUUGACUUAUAGAUUCCCCCUUCCCCGGUUGCUUUUCUUUUGGUAAAUUAAUCAAACCCUGGGCUCUUUGUAAUUAGUUUCAUUUUUUAAGAGAAAACCUACUGAAGGAACAAGUACUACCUAAAAGGAUGCAAAAGCAACAACAAGAAAAAUUAUAUUUUAUUAAUUUUUGUACGUGUUGUGAUUGUAGUUUGUCUUAGGUAUGGCCAUGGAAUACUCUAAUAAAAGCAAAGUAUUCGGACUCA